AAACCAAUGCCCUCGUGCGCCGCCUGUCGCGAGAAAGAUGUAGAGUACUGGGCGCGUGAAAAUCCGGAGGCUGAACUGCAGUGCGGACAAAAAAUGUAACCGAGGAAAGGGGAAGCAGGAUUGAGCCGGAAUCAUCUGGUGUGAAAUAUUAAUUAAACAGUUUUUAUUUGGACUUAUUUGCCUAUUAUCAAUUUGUCGUCCCUAAGUUAAGCGAAAACUGAACUAACGGUCAUAGUUACCAGGCAAAAAUUGUGUGAAAUUUGUUAAUGCACCAGCUCCCACCUCGACUUUUCUGUCGUCGUGAACCUUGCGCUCUAAUUUAUUUAAAAGUAUAAUUGACCCUGAAUAUGCGUGGCUCGGUUGUAGGAACGAAUUCGAAUUUGGAUAUUGUAGUCAUUUUUCUUAACUAAAUUACAGCCGGCGCGGGUUUGCCGAACACCGAAAUUUUCUUCCAGGGUUUGCAGGAUAAAUAAAGACGAGGAGAUGCGGUGCCGGCCUCCAGAAAUCCCGCAUAAAUCCAUCAGAAACCUGUGUGAAUAAAGCCAGGUGUCCGGAGAACUGCGGCGCUGAUGCUCCGGGGUGUUAAAGGAGCGGAUCCCCGCUCGCCUGAAUAGGGCGACAUCACUGUUUACGGGCUUUCGUUGGUCCUUCACCGUGGAAGGAAGAUAAAAAAUAAAAACAGAGUCUGCAGUGUUUGGAAACGCGAAGUCCCAGAUGAAGGUUACGAAAAGAAGACGGAAAGGAACGGCCGUCUACCUUAGUCUGUGUGCCAGAUAAAUGGCUCAUUUAAGCUGGGAGCUAGCCGAGUCCUCGCCAGCUGGCAGAUGCAGUGCCUAGCAUCAGCUAUCCAGGACGAGACAAACAUGAACGGGGCCGGGGAGCAGGCUGACAUCCUGCCUCCCAACUGCAUGGUCAAGGACCGAUGGAAAGUGCUGAAGAAAAUUGGAGGCGGCGGGUUCGGGGAGAUCUACGAGGCCCUCGACCUGCUGACGAAAGAGAAUGUGGCACUGAAGGUGGAGUCGGCUCAGCAGCCCAAACAGGUUCUCAAGAUGGAGGUCGCCGUCCUGAAGAAACUGCAAGGAAAAAAUCAUGUGUGUAAGUUCAUCGGCUGUGGACGAAAUGAGAAGUUCAACUACGUGGUGAUGCAAUUGCAGGGAAGAAACCUCGCCGACUUGAGAAGAAGCCAGCCACGGGGAACCUUCACCAUAAGCACAACACUGCGUCUCGGAAAGCAGAUCCUGGAAUCGAUAGAAGCCAUUCACUCCGUUGGGUUCCUGCACAGGGACAUCAAACCUUCGAAUUUCGCGAUGGGAAGGCUGCCUUCCACGCACAGGAAGUGCUACAUGCUGGACUUCGGCCUGGCGCGGCAGUACACCAACACCAAUGGAGACGUCCGGCCUCCGAGAUCUGUCGCAGGAUUUCGGGGGACGGUCCGCUACGCCUCGGUCAACGCGCAUAAAAACAAAGAAAUGGGUCGCCAUGACGAUUUGUGGUCUUUAUUUUACAUGUUGGUAGAGUUUGCCGUUGGUCAGCUGCCGUGGAGGAAAAUAAAAGACAAGGAGCAAGUGGGGCAGAUCAAAGAGAGGUACGACCAUCGGAUGCUGCUGAAGCACAUGCCUUCUGAGUUUCACACCUUCCUGGACCAUGUGCUGAGCCUCGACUACUACACCAAGCCGGAUUAUCAGCUGUUGAUGUCGGUUUUCGAGAACAGCAUGAAGGAGCGCAUCAUCACAGAGAACGAGCCCUUUGACUGGGAGAGGGCGGAGACUGACUCAGUGAUGUCAACCAGCACGUCCACGCCCCCCCAACACAACACGCGGCAGACGGCCGCCAUGGUGGGGGUGGUGAAUGUGACGCCCAUACCUGGAGACGUGCAGAGGGAGAACACGGACGAUGUGCUGCAGGACGAGCACCUGAGCGACCAGGAGAACGCGCCCCCCACGGCCCCCGGCCGGCACGCUGAAGGCGGCCUCAUGCCCCCCGAAGGCGAGGGCUGGGAGGACACCGAUUUCAACCGCAAUAAACUCAGGAUCAGCAUCGGCAAGGCGCAGGUCGGUGCAGAGGAAGAGCACGGCCCCGGGCCAUACCCCACCGCCCCAGGACAGGGGGGCCUGCCAGAGACUCCCAGCAUGCAGAUGCGCUCUGCCCGCUACCAGCGUGCCCACAGCCCCGAAUCGGAGCGACUAUCUGCCGCCGAGGGCAGAGCUGACGGCCACGACAAGCGGUCGCGUAUGGACAUGCUGGGCUCCCCUUCCCGGCACCUGUACUCCUCGCAACCGGCACAGAUGCUGUCUUUGGAAACGGUGCAUGGGGACCGGCAGGCCAGCGGUCGCCUGGAGGUGUCGGCCUCCGUGGAGCACGAGGCGCUCAGCAACGCCUUCCGCUCCGUGCCGCUGGCCGAGGAGGAGGACUUCGACAGCAAGGAGUGGGUCAUCAUCGAUAAGGAGGCCGAGCUGCGCGACUUCCACCCGGGCGCUGAACCCACCACCUCGGGCACCACUGACGAGGAGCCAGAGGAGCUGCGCCCCCUGGAGGAUGGGGAGGAGCGGCGGAGGCGCGGUGCCGUUGGGGAGGUGGUGGUACGGCCCAAGGAAGGCCGGGUCCGGGGCAUGCUGCCGCUAGCCGAGGAGGACGCCCUCCGCAGAAGUCCCACCCGCCGCCCGUCCAGCUCAGAAGGGCCUGGCCCGAGUCCCGCCCAGUCGCCCUGCCACUCGCUGCCUUCCACACGGCCCAAGCGCAGGGAGUCGGACCCCACUGGACCACACAGACUGGUUCAACAUUUGGACCCUUUAUUGGUGCCUUCUGGUCCGCCUUACCGAGACUUCAGAGCAAAGGAGCGCAUUUCCGGCAGAGAUGCUCCGAGUAGUCUUCCUGAGGCACGGUAUAAGAGGGUGGACUUUGCGACCACCAUGAUCGCUGGCACGCUGUCAGUGUUCCCCCAUGAUGCCACGGCUCCCCCCCCAGAGCAGAACAACGUGGACGAGGCAGAAACACCCAAGAGUGAGUCAAGCAGCGAGGCCAGUCAGAAAAGCACUGAGCGCAGCCAAGAUGGCGCCCCCUCCACGCUCCUGGCUGAUGAUCAACGGGAGUCCAAGGGACAGGUCUCCACAGUGGAGCCAGACCUUGAGCUGGAGGAGGCCUCUAGGACGCUCGUUCUUUUCUCACCUGGAGAUGCUAGGAAGUGCUUGGGAGGGGGGGACGUUGAUCUGGGAACUAUGGCAGCAAUCACCCCACAGACUGAGAGGCUGCAGCCAAUGGGGAGCCAGCUGGACGUCUCUGAGCCCGGCACGCUGUCCUCGGUGUUGAGAUCCGAGCCGAAGCCCCUCGGCACUACCACUGGCGCCUCCUCCCCACUCACCAAAGUUGAGCGCACGUUCAUCCACAUCGCCGAGACCUCCCACCUGAACGUGAUGUCUUCCAGCGGCCAGCAGGUGAGGCACGAGGACCGCGGCCUCUCCCGGGUCUCAGAGGAGCCCUCGGGUGACGAUGGAGAGAAUGUGGUGGAGGGCGAGAUCGCGGAGGAAAACGGCGAGUUUGGCUCGCUGGAGAAGGAGCCCGAGCUUAACGGCUGUGCUCCGGCAGCUGGCCAUUCUGGAUCUCCUCCCACUGAAAGGGUGCUUGUCGAGAAUGGUGCUUGUGUUUCUGUGGAAAGUACAGAGUUCAGAGAGGACGGCGGUACUCCUCCUGUCUUUGUGGGCCCUGAUGUCAUCUCGGCUUUCCCACCUCCACCAGUCAGUGUGGAGGUUCUGCCGAAGUCCCCCGCCAAGGAGGUACUGGUGGAGCAAGUCGCCGCUGGGCCCCUGGUGGAGCUCAGGUCCACCAAGCUGCCGAGACCCCUGCCCCGGAGCCGGAUACCCAUCCUCAUGUCUGAAGAGGACACGGGUUCGGAUCAGUCGGCCUCCCAGUCCUCCCGGGAGCGACUGGGUAAACGAGCGAGGCAGCAGCGCCUGGCACGCCUGGUGGUGGAGAAGCAGCAGAGCCGUCUGCUGAGGAUGGCCUCGUCCUCCGUGUCCUCGGGCGACGAAGGCAGGCCGGCGUCCGAGACCCUGUCGGCCACCGGCUCUGAGGAGGACACUCACGACUCCGACGACUCCCCUGGCAGGAAAGCGCUCGUUCCCAAAUCCCGCGAGCAUGAGAUUGGACCGGACCGGCCGCAGAGCCGGAUCCCACGCCCUGUGACGCCGAUAAAGAGGACGUCGGGCCAUUUCACAUCCGUACCCACACCACUGCCCUUCAAAGCCGCACCCACUCCUCUGAAUAGGCUUCAGACUCGGGGCAAAGCCGUGCUGUACACCCCAGGCGAGCCGAAAUCGCCCCCGAUGCAGUCCAAGCCCCGCCCCACACCCGGGCCACCCAUGUACUGCACCAGUCCCAGGAUGCCGUCGAGGGCAGGGUCCCGGCCCCCGCCCGUGGCCACAGCCCCCCGCAGCUUGAGCGCCUCCCCCCGCAGUUACUCCACCUCGCGGACUGACAGCCCCUCCCCGCAGCGGCAGCGCCGGCAGACGGCUGCCAUCGAGGUGAGGCGUCAGUUCAUUUCUGUCCGGGCCAACAUGGCGGCCCCGCUCAAGCCCCGCCCCCCGCCGGGCAGCCCCCCCGAGGACUCCGCAUUCGGGCCGCCCGCCGCCGCCAAGCCCGGCAGGAGGGCUAAGCCGCUGCCGCAGGCCUCGGUCCUGCCCGCCAAGAGCAGGGCGGCCACCAGAUAAUAACAUGCACUCCAGAAGCAUCCGCCCGUGGCGAAUCCACGCUUCUCAGCCUGCUCCGGAGUAACUCCUCGCCUCCCCCAGGCCGAACAAACUGCUUCCAGUUUACCACCAACCCCAUGUUCCAGGCUGCUGUCUGAGGGGUUCGCUUGCCAAAAUGGGUCGGGUGAGCUUGGACCGCCUUUGAGAUCUGGGUCACAGCAACGUUGAGGGACCGAUUCAACCGCAGGUCUGUUGUAUUGACAAAUAGUCAGAGUUAUAAACGUAUAACUCAGCCAGGUUUAAACCUCUCUGGCCGAAUGAUUGACCUCUGGCUGUGCUCAGUGUUCAAGGCUAACCAUGGGUAUCAUAAAUGGUAAAUAUAAAGUAAAAUUUGUGUCAACACAUUGUAUCACCAAGCAGCUGGUAAUGGUGAUGGGAAUGUGUCCCUACAAACCAAAAACAACACAAUUCAGUUUUUUAUUUGAAGAGCUGGUUUAACACUUACCUAAACAUGUUGCUCAACAUACCAACAAGUUCCCACAUCUUAGAAUGUCUUGAAACAUAACCCAGUCAAUUUGUUAAGGGUGAAAAAUGUGUAGCACAUACUGCUAAUAUUCUAACCCUUUUAGGGUGCUGAGCUUUUACCUUGAUGUUCAUGAUUGCACAUGAUUGUGAGGCCAGAGAUCACCCAAACUCCAACGGAUGGAUUUCUGUGUGGUCCUUUGAGCUACAGGGGUCUGCCUGAAAAAUGUUUGUUUGGUCUGAGGGGGGAGACGGUACCACUGUGGGUGCAAAAGCAUAGAUACGGCGAGACAGAGGAUCCUGGAAAGAUCCGUAGUGAGUUGAGCCGUGUUUGGCGGUUCUGACGAGGUCCUCUGCGCUUGCUUAUGACCCCUGGCCAGAAACAGCAUACCUUUUACAAAGAUACGUUCUCACUGUCUGAUAAUAGUUUACCCAGAGUAUGUAUAUAUUAUAUAUAUUUAUUUCUCGGAGAUGUAAUCUUUAUUUUUAUCCGGUAGGUUCUUUUGAAACAUAUUGUUUUCUCUCCUUUAAUUUUGCAAGAUGGGAUCCGUAUAUGAAUUCUGAGCGGUGACAAACACGGGGUAGAGUUUGGCAUUCCCCGGAGAGAGGAGACCUCGGCUCACGGGAUGACGAGAGAGUCUCCAUGCCUCGUUAGGCACAAAUGCAUUAAUUAUAAGUGGUGGCGUGUUUCAGCAGACGAGACCUAACAUUACCGAACAGAAAGUGACGUUAAUGUCACAACUGCUGAAGCGAUGUUCCGGUUCUGUAGCCGGUAGCUGGGAGACAAUGGUUGAGGUUAUUUAUUCUGUUAACAGGUCUUGUGAGGAGGUACAUAGAGAGGAGUAGGUGUACAACAGCAGCUAAUACUGUGGCGAUUUAAGCGACACUGAGGAGUAAGCGUUUAAUGUACAGAAACCUGGACAGUUUGGGAAGCUUCUGUAAAGUUCUUCAUCAGUCUAAGAAACCACAGCCUUGGGCACAGAAACUGGCAUAUGUGAAGGCUAGUCCGAAACGACGGCCCAGACAGAGCGCAAAGAGCCAGGUGUCGUACCGCAGCACAGGCAACUGCAGGACAAAAAACUUGACUUCCAGCUGUUGACAUCGGUGCUGUAAUUCUCUGCAUAAUGUCUGCAUAAUUAAUUGAAUCAUCGGUUAUUUAAAUCGCUAAUCGGUUCUGCAUUCCGGGGAAGGCUCCAUUUUGCCACUGUCAAUGGCCAACAUAUUUUACUGUAUGUUUAUUUGCACACGACAAUCAUAACCUAGAUUUAAAACAUUAAAGUCAAGCAUGCCCGUUUCAGCCUGUUAGAAAAGCACUUACGGGCCCAUAUUUUCGAAUCCCACCUUGGAUUCUUGUAUCCUCUCCACAGGCCAGUUCAGUAAUUUCGACCUUGGUGGGGGAUCAACAACUCCCAGGACAUGCUUAUCGUCUGGGGCUGCCGUCUGUCGCAAGGCCUUUAAAUGUGAAUUUCACAUGAGAUGCCCGGUCGCAUAAUGCAGCGCAAAGACGAAACCGUCCAAAUCAAAAGACAAUUCAAUAUGGAUUGACGUGAGAGAAACACUUGAGAACUAUGUAAAUGUUACUCAGUCAAAGUUAUUAAGAUGUUGAGAAGAUAUAGGUGAUAUGGGAAGGUUAGCUGUGAGUGACUGUUGGGACACUUACUGGUUUCUUUAAACCCGAAGUCUGCCAGCAUGGCUGCACGCAACAGCCAUGUUUUGACAAUCCAACCUCGCUGCUUAGACAGACAGACAGUGUUGCCAGUGUCCCCAUCGGUCCAGCGAGACUGAAAUCCAGGAAUUCUGACUUUGACCGUGAGUCUCUGGAACGGACGGCUGUGUCCGGAUGUAAACGCCCUGCACCACACGUCUCCCAUGAGAUUCCUGUUGCCGUAACCACUGGUCCCAGCUACCACUAUUGCCAGUAACGCUAACACCCUUCCGUCAUGGUUGAAUAACAUCAGAACGGAGGUAUUUAGCUUCUUAAUAUGAUGAAAUCCCCACACUCCAGUUCCCUGUGCAUGUUGACACCAGUGGCAGAUAAUUCGACUUGUUUUGAGAGGUUUCUGAUGUGAUCUGUCUGUGAAUGAACAUUUUGCUUUUCGUAAACACAUCCGGUGUCAUCAAAUAGCUUGGGCCCUUCUUGUGAAAGUGUAAACCUGAAUGGAGUUUGCCUAAAGAAAUAUAUAUUUCUUCUAAAGUUUGGAGUUUCAUGCUGCCCUGGACAAAGCAUUAAAUGAGCCGAUUUAAUUACUAUUUUGUUUUGCGUCACUAUCUGAAGUGGAGUUUAUAGUGCUUGAUGUGGCCACCAGGGUGCGCUGUCUGGGUUCAAUUGGCCAGGGGUUGGGUUGCAGCAUCAGUCAGAAAUAAAGUAAAAGGGGCUGCUCAUGUAUGUGCGUAGUCAUAAAGCAGGGAGAGAGGAUUUUAUCAUGUCCGUAAGAGUAACAAAUCUUCCACAAAUAACGGAAAUGAACUGCUCUCGCCUAUAAUCGUGAAACGAUUAGCAUCUCUCACAAAAAACACAGAAUAAACACACACACACACACACACACACACACACACACACACUGCUUUUUUUGUCCACAUCUAUCACAUCACCACAGUUGAGAUGUCGAGAGGUCAGUCCAGGGUAGCCUGAGCAUUAAGCGACGUGAGCGACUGACCAAGCUCUCACCUGAAAGCACAGAUGCCCCGUGCAGAACUGGCCGGCGCUGUACUCACACACACACAUUGCCCGCGCCACACAAGGGGGGGGGGGGGAUGGGGACAAAGGGCAAGCAAAAGACACAGCGGGAGGACCAAGUCAAAGAUUAUUCUUGUUUUCUUUUUUGUUUUGUUUUCAAAAAAGCAGCAAAAGCAAUGUUUACACGUUUAAAGCAGAAUGUAAAAAAAUACUGCAUGAUAGGUGAUAUCUGGCCAAAUAAAAUGGUUUGUGUAUUAUGGGAGGUAUUGUGAGGAUUCAUUUGCCAUUUGUUAUUUUUCUUAGCCCCCCCCCAUAUCCAACUAUUUGUCAGUACAAUCUGGCUCUGUGGACUGUAACAACCGACAUGCAUAACCAUGCUAUUAAAAGACCCUCUCUUUUAA